GGAGAGUGAGAGGAGAAGGAGCUAGUGGAGAUGGAGCGAGAGAAGGGGGAGAGAGAUGAUUCAUGUGUUGGUGGAAAGGAAUUGACUUGAGUCGAUUUGACCCAAGUCAAGGCAAUUUGAAUGGAUUGAAACGACUAGUGGAUUAAUUGGAUUUGAAAUAAUUCGAUUCAUUAUCAAAAUUUUAAAUAAAAAGAAUGCCUCAUAAUAAAAACUAAAGGGGUCUAUUACUAAAGUGUAUAGAGGAGAGAAGGUGAAUCGUGAAACCGCCAUUGUUAUACAUACAACAGGUACAGAGGAGAGAAGAAGGUGAAACGAGGGGUAGAGGAGAUGCAGACUCCACCUUCCCCGCUUUGAACAGCCACUGAAAGAGCUCCUCUUCGAUCCCUCUCCAUUUCCUCCUCUUCCUGGAGAUUUCUUCGUCGAGCGAACCGAGGGCUUCGAAAAGGGGAAAGAAUAGACGACGGACCUUGGACCCAAUACGCCGCCAUUUCUCGCUAUCCGGACUUGGUAAAAUCGAUUUCAGUUCUUAGGGUUGUAUCUGUUACAGAUUGACGGAUCGCACUUUUAACUUAAGAGUAGAAGUUCUGUAUGUUUUAGGGUUUUUCUUAAUUAUCUGAAAAGCGAUUUGUUUUGACGAAUUUCGUCAAAAGCGUUAGGUCUUUUAGUUAGUUCCUUCUUGGAAAUUCGAUUUUUCGCUGUAGAUUCUCUACCAGAUUAGAUCAGUGCGGUGCCCUUUUGACUUUUUCUUGCUUCUCUUGUACUUUUUCGCUGUUCUGUAAUGCAAAGUCGUGCCUUUUUGUGAUGAUUGGUAUCAUUACUUCCCUCAAUUUAUUUUCGUCGGUGUCUACUUUUUCCUGUGGAUUAGAAUAAGUCAAACGACUUUUUUGAUAACUUUACCAAUUCUGAUUAGUGUCUACUGUGCAAACAAUUUUUGGCCUGAACUCAUUGUAUGUAAUGAAGAUUGUUCGCCUCGAGGCUACUUAAAUAAUAAGUAGUUGCAAGUUUGAGCUCUUUAAGAAUCCGCCUUCCUCCUUGAAAUUCCAGAAAUCUUCUCAUCUCGUCAGACAUAUUUUGCAGUAGAUUUUUUUUGAAUCGAUGAAAGCUAGGUUGACUGCAAAGGCAAUCCAAGAUCUAGUUUCUCAACUACCUUCAGUUUGACAGACCAAGUUACACUUUCUUUUGUCAUUUCUUCUUAUUUUGUUUAAUGUUUUUGGAUUUCAGCUAGGCAUGCAACUAUAGAUAAAAAAAUAACUGACACAAGACUGGAACGAAACUUCUCCUGGAACAUCUUUAAGAUGGUGUGAGUGCUUAGCUUAAUGCUAAUCUAGAUUAAGUACAUUAAUUCUGUCUUUCCUUUUUACAUUGAUUCAGGAUAUUUACAUCAAGAGUUGUGUUUAUCCAUUAUAAUGGAUUUUGCUGUAAUUAGAUUCUUAGAUGCUAUUGCCGUUUGAAUUUGUUGUGGUCGUUAUACCAGGCCAUCAGCCAUUGCAGUGGCCGCUAUGCUUUUAGCCUUAGCGACGCUUUAAGCCCCAACCCUUGUGAUAGAUGGGGAGGUUCAUAUAAAUUGAUAAUCAGGAUGAUGGCAUAAAUUGGAGGUUUAUGUUCCAUACAUCGUGCUCUUAUGCUCAAUGGGGAGGAAAAUCUUCUAACUAGUGAAUAUGAUGAAUAAGAGCAUUUUUAUUUGACAUAUUUUGUUUCUUUUAUGUUUGUGUCAUGGAUACACUUGCCAUCAUAUUUGUUGAUUAUAAAUAGGACUAUAAUGAAAGUGAGUCUUGAUACAAUUGCUCCUUUAUGACCUAGGAGAUUUGGGUUGAGUCAUAAAUUGUCUCUUUAAAUAUUAGACGUUGGAUUGCGUAGUCCUGUGUCAGCGGGAGCCUUGUACACUGAAUUGGCCCUUCUGUAGAUGGUACUAUGAUAUGUUGUGGAUGAUUUUGAGAUUUUGCUAUUUGAUAAUAUUUGUGUUGUUGAUGAUCAUGCAACAUUUUGAUAUAUUGAUGUUGGAUGGUAUAUGUAUUUUAGAUUAAAUUGUGUCAUAAAUUGUAUUGUUGAUGUAUUGGUUUUGAUCCUUGCUACAUGAAAUUACUUGAAUUCUUAACAGUAUAAAAUUGUGGUUUAUAUUAGCGAUCCACUUUGUACUUAUGGUGCCUUUUUCACCAUGAUAACCCUUUACCACUUUAUGCCUUACCAUAAUGUUGCAAAGAGAAAAGGUUGAAUUAGUUGCAAAAUAGGUUUCCACCCUUGAGAGAAAUCCAUAUAAAGCAGAUUGUUGUCAUCCCUGUUUUCCUGACUACAAUUGUUCUUAAGUGAUGAUCCAAGCAUUAACCUUCAUUCCGAGUUGAAUUAGUUGCAAAAUAGGUUUCCACCCUUCACAGCUGAUUUUCUAGUUGAAAUAAGAAAAAGAAUAGGAAUAGAAGAAAAAGGAGGGAGAGGAAGAAAGUCAAGAUUUAAAUCUCAAAGUCUGUAGGUCUGGCAAUGAGCUUAAAAGUGACACCUCACAUGCCUCAAAUGGACAUGUGCACUGCAGGUUGCCUUUAUAUGGCAUUAUUUGAAUGGUAUUAUUUGAAUUAUGAAAAUCAUGCUGGAGUUCAUGAGGUAAUUUUGAUUAGCUCUUUGUUUGUUGUAUUAAACUGCUAAAAUUAGAGACUUGUGAUGGCUUACUUGAUGAGGAUUAUAUUUUCAUUUUUUCUUUCUCCUAUAUUAAGAUGGCUCACCCUGCAUGUUUUCAACUGCUGUGUUAGCUAUGGUUCUUCCAUGAGCACUGCACUGGGAGUAGCAAUUUAGGAGAGUUUAAAGAUGGACAACAACGGGGAUGAACAGCAGAACCAGGACUAUCUUUUUAAAAUUGUUAUGAUUGGUGACUCUGCAGUUGGAAAAUCAAAUUUGCUUGCGAGGUUUGCGCGGAAUGAAUUUUAUCCAAAUUCCAAGUCAACUAUAGGGGUUGAAUUCCAAACACAGAAGAUGCAAAUUGAUGGGAAGGAAAUUAAAGCUCAGAUUUGGGAUACUGCUGGUCAGGAACGUUUCAGGGCCGUGACAUCUGCAUAUUACCGUGGCGCCGUAGGAGCUCUUGUGGUGUAUGAUAUCUGCAGACGUCAGACUUUUGACAGCAUCGGUCGUUGGCUGAAUGAGCUACAUACACACUCUGAUAUGAAUGUCGUGAUCAUUUUGGUCGGCAACAAGACGGAUCUCAAGGAUGCAAGGGAAGUUGGUACCGCGGAGGGCAAGGCUCUGGCUGAAUCUCAAGGUCUCUUCUUCAUCGAAACAUCUGCACUGGAUGACUCCAAUGUUGCAGCAGCAUUUCAGACCCUAGUGAAAGAGAUCUACCACAUCCUAAGCCGGAAAGUAUUCCAAUCUCAAGAACAGAAAAAAGAGCUGUCAUCGCUAGGUAGUGGGAACCCUGUGGUCUUACAGGGGGAUACAAAUGAUGGAGCCAGUACAUUUAGUUGCUGCUCUUCUUGAAACCAGUUGUAUUGCAUUAGACAGACUUCUCAAUCCAAAUUCACUUGAUUUCAUUUUUUUCCUUCAUUGUAUAGGGGGUAUAGGGGCAAAUUUCCUAGUAAUUGGUAUACUUGUGGAAUGGCUAUUGCCCAUUCGCUAUGUUGAUUUGUUAUCGACAUCCUUCUUAAUUAUGUAAAUUGAGUUAAGGUAAUGUGGAUUGGGCAUUUGCUGCUGCUCCAGUCGAUGAUCUGGACCUCGACAGCUGUAUCUCUACAAAUUUUCUUACA